AUUCAUUUGAAUUGAAAUAAGGAUUUUUAAAAAAUAAAAAAUUUUUUGGAUAUACCGUAAGUUCUCAUUUAAAAAAUCCGAACGAAAUCCGAGAAAUGAUCAAUUUUUAUAGUCUUUAAAAAUCACUUCUCGUUUUUCGGAAAUGGCGUAAUCCGAGGAACGAGGAAAUGAGAACUUACGGUAUUCUAAUAUAUAAUUUAAUGAAUUAAUAAAAAAAUUAUCCAAAAAUGUAAUAAGACAAUAAUAAUAAUUCUUUAAAUAUGGAAUGCAUAAUUACUCAAAAUCUCAUUGAGCAAUAAGGUGACAUAGAAAUAAAUAAAAUGGUAAUAGAUGCUUUUAUAGAAAGUAAUAAAAAUACCUUAAAAUGUAAGUUGAUAAUUUGCAAUUUCAUUCAUAUUUUCUGCUUUUCAAUGCUUGAUCAGAUUGAAUUUUAUAAUUUUUCUCAUCUUUAUCAGAACAAACAUGACUUCAAACAGUAAAAGCUUUUGUUUAAUCUAUGCUUCUAAAUUCCUUUAUUUAUUGUUCUUCCAGUGAUGCUAGGAUAUGCCCGUGACUUUGUUAAGCAAGUAGCAACUAUAAAAAUAACUUUUGCUAUGAUUUUUAUUGGAAUUAUCUUUUAAAAUUGCUCAAUGUUUCUGCAUCUCUAUUAAGUAGAAUUAAUAGGAUAAUUCUUUUUUAAUUUGGGUAAGGAGGUAUUUUUUGUGGCUGGACUGUGUUUAAUAAAUGAUUACUAUCCACUUAAUUCUGAUUUUGCAUAAAUAUUGGUUUCUUACUCUUAAUUUGGAUGGUGCCUUCCCCACUUCUUUACUAAUUUGAUUAUGAUUGUUUUGUCUUCUUGUGAAUAUUUGAAUGGUAAAGUAGUUGAAUAUUUGAAGAUCUUACUUUUAAUCUUCUUUUUGUUGCUUAUUUUUGAAAUAACUUAGAUAUACUAAAUAUUGAAAAUUUAUUAAAUCCUUGAAUAAACGGAAGAAUCUAAUAUAAGAAAUAGCAACAAUCCUUUGAAAAAACACAAUAUAUUAAUUGCUUUAAGCAAAUACUUUAAAAACUAUAAACUGAUAUUAAUAAUUCUUUCCAUUUCUUGCGUGAUCUCCAGCUAGAAUUUUGGAUACAUUAAUGCUUUUAAUGUUAACUUAUCAGAAUUAAUUAAUGAAGGGAAUAACUAAAGACCAACCAAUAUUUCUUAUUUUCUUACAUCAUUCCAAGUUAUAUCAGAUUUUACUGCAAAUGAAUUUCUUAAAAAGUUCUACAAGAAAAAAUACAAGUUAAGCAAAGUAGUUUAAAGUAUUUAAACCUCUGGCUUUCUUGCAAUCAUUUUUUACACAGCUUUAAUUUUUUUGGAAAAUAUUCCUGAAGAAUAUUUACCACUAAGCCUCAUUUUAGUUUUUUGCAACAUUCUAUCUGGCUUAAUUUCUGCAUUUUCUUAUUCCACAGUAGAGGUAAUAGUAUAGUACUUUUAAAUAAAUUAUAUGAUUGGCACAGGAUUUGGUUUAGCAUCUUCCUUCAUGAAUUUGUUUGCAACGAUUUCUGGUUUAAUUCUACUUUUUUCAUAAGACAAUAGAUAGUUCUUACAAAGCUUAUUGCCAGCUUACUUGAUGAUUACGAUUAUUUCAUUUACAAUUUAGUAUACAAUUGGGAAAAAAAUGUUUAAAACAGAAAGUGAAUAAUAAAAAAAUAUAAACAAACAAGAAUCUUUGUGAAAUAAUAAUAAGUUUUUAAAAAAAACUAAAACAAAUAAAAAAAAAAUAAUUAAUAUUUAGAUAUAUUUUAUCUAAAUCAAAAUCCUAUAUAAAGAGAUAAAUAUCUUAAUUAGAUUAUAUUAGUAUGAAAAAUUUAUUAGUAAACCUAAUAGAUUUAUUAUUUUUUAAUAAGUAAGUAUAGCUAAUUAAUUUAUUAUUAAA